AUCAAAAAAUCCAAAAUUUUCAUUUACACAAACAAUGAAAAAAAGAUCUUUUUGUGAUAAAGUGCGUGAUGACAACAGAGAGUGACAAUUGCCAUUAUACAAGGAAACGGAUCGGUUGCUGUUUCGUUUAUUAUUUUUUAAUUUAAUUACUGCAUAUUAAUUAUUAAUUUAAUUUCGUACAAAGAAAACUAUAGUAAAAAUACCGCUGUCAUUGUAUGGAAAUUCCUUCGGCCAAAUUGUCAUGUAACAAUUGAAAAUCGGUGCUUAAUCGGAGUUAUUAUUAAAUUAAAUUUAAGAUUAUGGAUAAGGACAAAGUUAUUAGUAAGAAACAAAGUUCCGUAAAUAAAAAACUUAAAGUAAAUGGCGCAAACGAUACAUGUGAUAAAACUACAAGUCUAUUGAAUUCUAAAGGCGAUGGUAUUGAAUAUGAUUUAGUGCCUCCUGAUGGCGGCUGGGGUUGGCUCGUAUUGGCUGGUUCGAUGAUGGUCAAUAUUUUAAUACCUGGUACUAUAAAAAGUUUUGGUGUCCUUUUUGUAGAGUUCUUGGAAGCAUUUAAAGCAUCGCCAGCAGCAGCUGCAUGGAUUCCAGCAUUAUGUUAUUUUUUAUAUAGUUCUUUGGGUCCCGUUUCAAGUAUUCUUUCUGUAAAAUAUUCGUUCAGAACAGUAACGAUAUUAGGAGGUGCGUCAGCCGCGCUUGGCAUGAUAAUAUCUUUCUGGGCUUCAUCGGUGGCUUACUUAUAUUUAAGCUAUGGAGUUUUGGUUGGCAUUGGGGCAGGCCUGUCAUUUCCGCCAACAGUUUAUAUUGUAACAUCUUACUUUGUUAAACUUCGUGGACUUGCUAAUGGACUUUGCAUAUCCGGUAGUGCAUUGGGCUCUAUUAUUUUACCACCAGUUUUAAGAUGGCUUUUAGAAACGUACGGAUACAGAGGCUCAGUACUUAUCAUGGGUGGUAUUACUCUGAACGUUUUCGUGGCGGCCAUAUUUUAUGAACCAGUCGAACAGCAUAUGGUGCGUGUUCCUAGAGCAAAGAAAACGUUGGAUGACAUUGAAGAGGAGGAUAUAGGGAUAGUACUUAAAUUUGAGACAGUUGAUGAGACGAAUGGAGAGGCAGACAUAAUGCACAACGAUAGCACAGUUAAUAAACAAAUAAUACCACAAAAUUCACCGCCAAUGCAAUAUCCAGAUUUACACAAUUACAAUUUAGUUGGGGACGACCCACAAUUUGUUAGAAGUGCUUCAGCAACCGUAGUACAAAAUUUUGGUAAAACUCAAGAAGAAUUUAAUAGUUCAUCAUCGUCACGCAUACGAAAGGUUAGCACACCAGUACGACUGCCACAAAGAAAUCAAACAUUCACUCCAGGCCAAUUAAAUUCACAAUCUUCUUUAUAUGCUGUACCAGAAGCUGGGCGUUCUAGUCAUAAACUUGAACGUCUUCAUGCUUUGAGGAAUAACUCGAAAAAUCGUCUUUCACGUCGAUCCCCGUCAACCAGUAGUUUCCAGUACAUAAGUACACCUUAUCACGGUAGUACAUUGUCUUUUCAGCCAAAAGAAUUUUCUUCGCAUCUUUCAUUGCGAUCAGUGGCAAGUGGUUCUGGUGUCAAUGCAAACGUUAGUAACGGAAUGCUGGAUAGUACUGGAAAUAUUGACCAGGAAUCUGAUGCUGGUAAACGCACAAAGUUCUUUGACCUAAGCCUCUUGAAGGAUCCCACAUACUUAGUAAUACUGAUAUCAAAUUCCACGAAUGCUAUCGGUUAUACCAAUUUUAUAAUUCUUCUUCCGGCUUAUGGAAUUGCACUGGGCUUUGACAAGUCUUUAGCUGCUUAUCUAAUAUCGAUUGUCUCGGCAACUGACCUUAUUGGACGCAUUGGUGGUUCAGCAUUAUCAGAUUUGGGUUUCAUACCAAAGACUUGGUAUUUUAUAGGCGGCUUAGCAAUUUCAGGCAUAAGUUUAGCUGUUUUACCAUUCUCAACAAGUUACAGAAUGGUCAGUUUUUGGUGUGCCGUUUUUGGACUGGCUUCAGGGGUUUAUGUUGGCAUCACUGCGGUAAUAAUGGCAGAUAUGCUCGGAACGGAACGUCUAACAUCAUCGUAUGGCAUAAGUUUAUUUGUAAAUGGCAUUUUACAAUUAGUUGGCCCACCCUUGUGUGGUCUUUGGUUCGAAGCAGUUAAUACGUACAGCCCCCUAUUUCAUACACUCGGUCUUAUACUUCUUGCUGGAGCAAGUCUUUGGAGCUUUAUGCCAUUCAUUAAUAGGCGCAAAUCAAAAGAAGAAAAUUACGAAGAAGAUUUGCAAUAAAUUACUUAGCUAUUUUGCAAUAUAAAUAGUUUUCAAAACUACAAGAACAGGGCAUAAUAUUUAUUAUAUUUUUUUUAUAUUAUUUUCUCUUAUUCUAUCUGUAUUUUCCUAUAUUAUGAUGGUAUAAUCAUUGUAAAGCUACGUUCACACCUAUCAAAAGUUUUAUGAAAAUCACGUGACCUACAAAAAAUCUACUUUUUGACUUUGUUAAAAUAAAUAUUUAUUUACACAAAUUUAAUACAUAUUUUAAGAUAUUACUAUAGAAUGUCGUUAUUAUUGAUUUCGAUAUUAUUUGCAAUUACAAAAAUCAUGUACGAUUAAAAGAAAACGAAUACAAAAAUAGUGGUUACGUCUUUUCCAAAAAAAUAUUUGUAGGGAGUGAUCGUACCUUAAGAAAAUCAUAUGUACGUACAUAGUACAUAUUACGCAGGAUUUAUGCAAUUUGUUUCAUUAAGCUUUGUACACUAACAAAGCUUAAUGAAUUCUAAGUCAUAUACAAAUAGUGUAUAUGACAAAUUAUAUGUGAAAUUAAAUGACUUUAUGUCCAUCAACGUACUUAUUAAUGUAAAAACAGACAUAAAAAGCUUAAUUAAAUGAAACAACGAAUCGAUAACUUACAGUUUAAAAGUCGUCUGUUUCUAUAUCUUUAGGCAAUUUUACUUAUUUUUUUCUAAAAACAAUAAUAUUUCAAUAUGUAAGUAAGUAAAUGAUUUUCUAGAGUAUUAUAUCAUCAAAUUGUUUGUUUUUAGUACUAUAUGUAGUGUAUAGUGAUUGUCUUCAUGUAAAUUAAAUUUAGCCUAAGUUCAAAUAGUUAAUAAAUAUUUUGUAUACAUACUAAUAA